CCCAGUUCACAUUUCAGCAAAAUGCUCCAUAUAUUCUCCCAACACAUUUUGCAAUUCAACAACAAUUAUUAGCAUCUAAUUUCUACUCCUCUCUUUCUCUCUCUAACUUCUCUCUCCUUAAUCAAUUGAUAAUACUUAGUAUUAACACUAAUUAAGCUCAUACAAUAUGGAAGUUUCAAUGUUCACAGGCUUCACUGAUCUGGGAAUGAGUGAUCUUAACUUCAUCCAUCAUCAACUACAAGUCAACUCACUUGAUGAUCUAUUUGGACCAACAUUAUUACCUAAUUAUGGUAAUAAUUAUGAUAAUUCCGGAUCUAAUCAAUCUAUUAGUCGUAAGAGAUCUGCAACACAAACUGAUUUACUACAUCAAACACACAUAGAAAAACCUUACAAACAAAUUAAAUCAAACAAUUGGAGUUCUUCUUCUUAUGAUAUUAAUCAUGUACUAAACUCACAAGAUCAUGAUUCUAAUAAUUCCACUAUGUUAUCUUUUUCAAAUAAUUCUUCCAACUCCUCCAACCAAAAUUCUAGCCUUGUUACUCCUAAAGAAGAAGUUGCAAUCUCUAAUAUGACAUAUCCUUCUCAUGAAAUGAUUGCUUCUCAAGCCUCACCUGAGAAGAAACGUUCUCAACUCGAGGCUCGGCCUCGAGUUGAUAACAGAAGUAGCAAGCUAUCAAGCAUACCACAACAAUCAAUGGAUCAUAUUUUAGCUGAGAGAAGACGCCGCGAAAAACUUAGCCAAAGAUUUAUUGCUUUGUCAGCUAUCAUUCCCGGACUAAAGAAGAUGGACAAAGCUUCAGUACUUGGAGAUGCAAUCAAGUAUGUGAAACAAAUGCAAGAGCGAGUUAAGAUACUUGAGGAAGAAGCAAAGAAAAAACCAGUAGAAUCAGCAGUUUUUGUGAAAAGGUCUUAUGUUUCUGUAGAAGAUGAUGAUGAUCAUCUUUCUCCAGAAAAAAUGUUUUCUGAUGGUUCAUAUCCUGAUAUAGAAGUCAGAUUCUCAGACAAAGAUGUUCUUAUAAGAAUUCACUGUGAAAAGAAAAAAGGGAUUUUUGAAAAGAUCAUUUCUCAGAUUGAAGAACUUCAUCUUGUGGUUAUAAGCAGCAGUUCAUUGGCAUUUGGAAGUUCAGCUCUUGCUGUAACAAUUAUUGCUCAGAUGAAUUCUGAAUUCAGUAUGACAGCAAAGGAUCUUGUCAGAAAAAUACACACAACUCUCAGAAGUUUCAUAUGAACAAAAUUAGGGUUACUUAAUUUCUUACACUAUAUAUAUAAUAAUACUCAGAUUUGCUGCUUAAUCUAGCUACUUCAUGGGAAUAGUUUCAAAUGUAGUCUAGUUCAUAGUAUUUUUCCAGAAUAACUUGUGCAAGGCCGUUCGAUCGACGAUCAAUCAGUUCAUCAUAUCUCUCUAUUAGAUCAUCCCCUUACAUCAACAGAUUGUUUGCUCUGAAGUUCAUGUUUCAGGAGGGUUAAUUUUUCUGGUACAUUUCUUUUUGCAUGGUUUUCUAGUAAUAAACCUUGUUACAAGUUACCUUAAUACACCCACCUGUUGUUCAUAAAUGACUUUGGAGCUCUAUUUUAGCUUUUUUUUAGGGGGUUUAGAUCUAGUAUCAACUAAGUGUAUGUUCCAUAAUUGUUCUUUUCUCAUUAUGUAAUAUUACCUUGUUCUUUUUUUUAAAACCUUUCUAUAAGGUUUUUUUUUUCUUUUCUGUUCAUGGAUUGUCAAAGAGGCCUUUGUUUCUGGGUAUUAUGUAAUAUAAUUGGUUUUUAAGAGGUUUUUGAUGCCUUUUUUCUUCA